AUAUAUACAAUGGCAUACCAUACCAACACAUGUUGAAUGCAACAUUUUUCUUAUACAUUAUUGUUGUAAAGACUAUGCAGUAAAACCUUUGUACCUCGUAAAGCUUAUGUUUGAUAGAUAUGAGGGGUCAUCUAUUUUACCUAAAAUAUUUGUAUAACAUACGCACUUACGUCAGAGCAGAUAAAACCGGAGUUGAAUUAUUCUCAUUAAAAAAGCUUAGUUCACUUGUGUUCAACAAUGAUUUUGCAAUUUAACAAAAGAUGGCAAUCCAAAAACAGUUUACCUAAAUGCAAAGAAACAAUAUAACAUCACCAGAAGGACAGUACCUGUUCGAUUUUACUAAAGAUGACAACGUUUACGACUGGGAAGAACAAUCGGAUACAGUACGAAGUGUAGGAAUGUCAAAAGCAGUUUUUGUCUUACACCAGAAUACCCAGUUUCGAAGAGCAAUUUUUUUUGCUCUACUGAAUCCACAAUUGAACGGGGCAGGGUUCGCUGGCAUUCGUGCCCUCGGAUAUCACGACCUUACGCAGUAUACCAAACUUCAAGUACAAUGCCGUGGUCAGGGACAGUUCAAUGGAUUUAAAAUUGUCUUGAGACACAAAGGACUAAACAAUGAACCUAACUACUCAUUUGAACAAUAUUUUCAGGCACCCAAGGACGAGUUCGCUGUGAAGAGCCUACCAUUUUCAGAAUUUAAAGCAUAUUACAGAGGAAAGAGAGUAAAUAAUAAUGAGACCCUGGACUUAUCACAAAUAACUAGUAUCGGAAUUCAAAUGUAUGGAGGAGUUUACCAACCAGUGAAGCAGAAAGGACCAGCUACUUUAGAAGUAGACUGGAUAAGAGCUGUAUAAUAAAUCUAUUACAUGCAA